ACCUAUCUGUCUCUUGUUGGUCGGGCCUUCGCCUCUGUGUGGCUUGAGUUUCUCAGUUCCAACGUAUAAAAAUCCAUUUUUCGAAUAUUGAAUUUUCGAUUUUUCUCGAUUUCUCGGGUUUUCGAAUCGGAUCCAAAAUCCGAAGUUCUAUGAGUUGACUGAUCCGAUCCGGGGGAAUCGGGCAUGGAGCGGGUCAUCGGCGGAAAGUACAAGCUCGGCCGCAAGAUCGGCAGCGGAUCGUUCGGCGAAAUCUUCCUAGCUACCCACACCGAUACGUUCGAGAUCGUCGCCGUUAAGAUUGAGAACAGUAAAACAAAGCAUCCGCAGCUGCUUUACGAGGCGAAAUUAUACAAAAUCCUUCAAGGAGGAAGCGGUAUUCCGAACAUAAAAUGGUCGGGAAUUAACGGCGAGGACAAUGUGCUGGUUCUCGAUUUGCUGGGACCGAGUCUUGAGGAUUUGUUUGUGUAUUGUGGGAGAAAGUUUUCACUCAAGACUGCCUUAAUGCUAGCCGAUCAAAUGAUUACGAGGAUAGAGUUUGCGCACUCGAAAGGUUUUCUACACAGAGACAUAAAACCUGAUAAUUUCCUCAUGGGUCUUGGUCGAAAAGCAAAUCAGGUUUACAUAAUUGAUUUUGGUCUUGCAAAAAGAUAUCGAGACGCGACAACAAAUCGUCACAUCCCAUACAGGGAGAAUAAGAACUUAACAGGAACUGCACGUUAUGCAAGCUGCAAUACUCAUCUUGGAAUUGAGCAAAGUCGGCGGGAUGAUUUGGAGUCUCUUGGAUAUGUUCUUUUGUAUUUUCUCAGAGGAAGCCUUCCGUGGCAGGGUUUAAAAGCUGACACAAAAAAGCAGAAAUAUGAUAAAAUUUGUGAGAAGAAGUUAUCAACCCCUAUUGAGGUUCUAUGCAAAUCUCACCCGGUGGAGUUCGCGUCGUAUUUCCAUUACUGCCAUUCACUGACAUUUGAUCAGCGACCUGAUUACGGAUUCUUGAAACGCCUAUUCCGUGAUUUGUUUUCUCGUGAAGGAUAUGAAUUUGAUUAUGUAUUUGAUUGGACCAUCAUAAAGUACCAGCAGUCACAAAAGACUGGUUCCCCGGUUCCUGGAGGAAGCAGCAGUCAUGCAAUGCCAGCACGUGUAGAUAGUCAUCAAGUGGCAAGUGGUGCUAGUGCUCCAUACCCAGCUGAGGCCACAGAUCGAAUUAGAUCAAGCAAUCCCACUGGUUCUGGUGUCCGCAUGCAAUUUAAAUCUCCAACAACAGGCAGGAAUUUAAGUUAUAGCAAUCCUCUUGAAAAGAGCAUUGCGAAUGAAGCAUACCCUCCUCCGUCUACUUCAUUUUCCGGCGCCUCAAGAAGGAACCCCACGAAACCUCAUAUGCCCACUGAAGCUACAAACACUGGCCAUAGACAUGGCAACAAAGUAGGUCCUUCGAGUAGCUGGAUUCAAUCACUCCAGCGCAUCUCUUCAGCCAAGUGACCUUUAUGCAACAGGUUUGUUCUGCAAGAUUCUAGCACAUCUUUGAAGUUGCCGAUGUACGGCGAUUAAAUUGUCAAAUAUGCAAUGUAUGUAUGCAGGAAGAUCUUGGGGACGCAUCUCCGGAAACAUUGAGUUAGUUCCUUGGUUUGUGCAAGUGUUUUUCCAUAUGGUGACUAAAAAUGUGUUGGUUACAAGAUACAGAAAACCCAAAGCUUGGAUUCUAUGUUGUACAUAGUUCUCGCUUACAAGUGUGAGAUUCAAACUUAAGACAUCUCACUUACAAGUGAAAAGAAAUAUGAUAUGAUCGUCGUACUUAAAUCUUCAA